AUAUGGCUGCUCAUUCGAACGAUGCAGCCACUCAUGUUCACGAAAUUCUUGCUUAUCAUGAGACUAUUGAAUAUGUUCGAGAGUAUGUUGAUAGUCAUCCCAAUACAGUUAUGAUAUCUACUAGCGACCACGAAACGGGUGGUUUGUCUUUAAGUCGGCAAAAUCAUCUCACAGAAUACCCAGAUUAUCUAUGGUAUCCUGAAGUGAUCAAAAGGGUAAACACUUCCUCGUACCUCCUCGCGAAAAAAAUAAACGGGUACAACAAAGAAGAUAAAAUUGAUUUUAUCAAAAAAUCGUUCCGAGAUGAAUUGGGAAUCGACGAUUUCUCAGAUGACGAUGUUGAAUAUUUGAACAAACCUGAAGAAUUUAAUAUGGCGCAUGAAUAUUAUUUAGCUAAUAUGACUAGCGCUCGGGCGUUGGUUGGGUGGACUACGCAUGGACAUACAGCGGUUGAUGUAAACUUAUAUGCUUAUGGAAUGAAUUCUGAGAAUCUCAUCGGUAAUCAUGAGAAUACCGACAUCGGAGACUUCAUAGUCGAUUUUCUUGGACUAGAUUUACAGAGUAUCACAACAUUAUUGAACAAGGGUAACUCAUCGUUUCAUCUUAACAACCACGAGGACAUUUCUCGAUUUAAUAUUGAUCAUUUAGCUCAUUACCAUCACGGACAUCGCCUCUAA